UUCAACUCAAACCCCGUCUGAUGUUCAUGUACAUUUAAUUCGUCAAAAUUUUUUCCCUUAUUUACAAUCAAAAAAGUAUGAUUCGAAUGUCAAAAAUCGAGUAACAAACAAUAGAACGAACGCUGAACGAACGCUUUUAAUUUAGCGCUACGUUUCAUUCAAGAACGCGCCUAAAUUUCUGGUUUUUUCUUACCUUUAAACGUUUUUUGUUUGUUUGCUAAAUUCAUUGUAAAUUAUGAUGUCACUGAGGUUCAUCGUGGGCUGUGCACUGCAACGCCAAGGGUAUGCUGGGCCGUGCUGUCUGCAGCAGCAGCAAGUCCUCAACAAAUCUUUGCCGCUUGGCCAGCAGAAAAAGCAGCCUACCAGAACCCACCUUUGUGGUGGACGAUCCGCGGGAGAUUGAACUGUCGGAUGAGGAGAAAAUCGGUCCAUGUCAUCCCAAUUUUCCGUCGCUUCAGUGUCCGGAGAUGUUCCUGUUCCCGCAAUUGGUGGCGCCGGCUAACCAUGACCACAAUAAGACGGAUCAGAUGUUCUUGCUGAAGAAGAACGGUGUGAUGUCCCGCAAUGGGCAGCGCCUGUGCAGAGACUUUGAGUUGACGGUGCAGCCGAUGCCAAAGCUGCUGAUCUCCUAUCUGAAGUCAAUCUUCUACCGCAACUGCGAGGGCUAUCAGGGAUUCAGGGACUCCAUGAACUUCACCACCAUCAGCCUUAAGUUCAACUGCGAUGUGGACCUAGCCAUCAAGAGCUUCCUCGAGCUGGCAAUCAAAGAAUCGAUGAGCCUCGCAGAGGCCAACUACUGGGUGGAUUUUGUGAAUCCGUACACGGGACGGGCACACAAUGCACCUGCCGCCCCGGAACUCUAUAACUGGCACAACUUAGGACUGGCGGGCCAGCACUGGAACUACGAGAUUGCUAAUGGCUGCACCAUCAUCAAGGACGGCUUCGAGAAUGAAUUUACGGGCACCAUUUACACCGAUGCCCCCAUACAUAUCAUACGGAAAUGGUGUUGCUCUAAGUGUGAUCUUGAUCUGAAAGAUCUGGUCAAUCUUUUUAGAUCAUAUUCAAGCACUUGUGUGCUAUCGUUUUGCUCAAAAUACUGA